AUGGAACCGUUCUACAAUCAUCGUGGAGACUUUCAAAUUGAUCCUGAUAAGGUGGCUCCAUUCAAAUUGAGCAAGUUCGUUCAUGAAGAGCACAAACAUUAUGACGAUACUGUGUUUUUGAAGGGAAUACCUGAUACUUAUGCAAACCUACAUUAUAUGGUUCAUGCAGCCUUUCAAUGGCAACAAACAUUCUGCCCUCAGGCAAGAUAUGUGAUGAAAACUGACGAUGAUACCGUCGUCCACUUAGAACGUCUUUUCUUUUGGAUUAAGAUUAAAUUUGAUCUUGAAUUGGAUGAAAAGAACCCUGCUUCGUGCUUUGGAAAUGCUUUGAUCAACACUGCGCCUAUACGUGAAAAAUCUCACAAAUGGUAUGUUCCCGAAGAAGUAUAUCCACACAAAAAAUACCCGAAUUAUGUAAACGGAUGUACUUAUAUGUGUUCUGCAUUUGCGAUAAAAAGAAUUUUGGAAACCUGUCCAAGAGUUAAUGCUGUUAAUAUGGAGGAUGUUCUUUAUACUGGUAUUGUUGCGCAAGAGGCUAAUGUUAGUCGUAUAGAUGAACCUUGGCAUUUUUGGGGUGGGGGUGCUUUUGAUAAACAAACAUAUUGUGCAGAUGGUUUUCCCUAUACAUUUGCUGUAUAUGAUCAUAUUUACUCAAUCGAGCUGUUUGGUGAUUUAUAUGCUAACCUUAAGGAUAUGAAGUGUAAAUGGAAUUUGUGA